CAUGUGUCAAAUGCGUUUAAAACAAACACAGACGAGUUGGUGUUUGUAUUGUGUAAAUUAUUGUUAAUAAUUAUUGUCCGGUUUAUAAAAAAUGUGAAUAUCCUAUUGCCAAAAUGACAAGACACGGGCGCUUUCAGGAUUACUGUUUAGUACAUGAUAAUGAUGCAGAUGAGAUUGAUCUACUGCCAGAUUUCCGGAAACCAAGAUGCCGUUAUAAGAGAUGCAUUUGUAUAACAAUUACACUAUGUGUUGUCUUAGCCUUGAUAACAUUUAUGCUAGUGUUCAUCGUUUUUCCUUUCGUCUUUAUGAACUCGAUUCCUCUACAAACAAGCCUUAUAUUUACACGCUUUAAUUUACCAAGGGAUCCUUUAUUCUUUGAAACGCAACAUUUUCCUGCAUACAGAAACAGAUAUGUCAGUUUUAAUUAUUCAAAAGAUGAAGGCACCAAGACUCUUGGAGUCUGGCACAUUCUACCAGUAAAUCUAGCAUAUGAAGACUUAUAUGACAAUUCGACUGACCUCAACUAUGAUGAAAUCUUACUGAACAGUAAUUACAGUGUGCUGCUUUAUUUCCACGGAACAGGAGAAGUGAGAACAUAUAGCGAAAGAAAAUACGAGUUGCUGAGUUAUAACUUUCAAAUUAUAGCUUUUGAUUAUAGAGGUUAUGGUGACUCUUCAGAUGGCCAACUUACUGAGGAUACAGUCGUUGAAGAUUGCAUUGAAUUAUACAAAUGGGUCAGAAAUCGAACAAAAUCUGAUAUUUAUGUUUGGGGUCAUUCUCUGGGGGCUGCCUUAGCUACCAGGACAGUGGCUGAGAUGGAAAAUUACGACCAAGUGCAUACGAAGGCUUUAAUUUUGGAGUCAGGAUUUACCAGUAUGAGGGAUGAGUUGUAUGUUCAUCCAUAUGGAAAGUUAUUUGCCUGGUUGCCGUGGUUCGAUACAGUCGUAGUAGAACCGUUAAUGCGCAACGGAUAUGUAUUUAACACUACUAAACAUCUGAAGACAAUAACUUGUCCUGUGAUGAUUUUACACGCGCAAGACGAUAAUGAAAUACCGUACUACUUUGGAAGGAGGCUGGCUGACAUAGCAGAGAGCAGGAAUAUAACCACAGUUUACCAUGAAUUUGAUGCGAAAUUUGGUUACAAACAUUAUUAUCUGUAUCAAGAUCCAUUUAUGAAGUUUUAUAUCAUGCAUUUUAUCGAACAAGUAAAUAAUAAGACGAUCGUACCAACCAUGGGUACAGUAUGAACAAAAACACCUAAAGAAAAUGACAAAUAGCUCCUAUCAAAGAAGUAAAAAGGCUGUGAUCAUAUAAACACCACACAUAAUCUUUAACAAUAGUUAUUGUGAUGUGUAGAUAAGUUUAUUUUCUUUUACUGUGCAAAUAAUAUUUUAGGAAGAAAGUGUUCUUUGAAUAUCCAUACAAAUAUAUUUUAGAGACUAA